AUGCGUAUUUCUACUACACCACUGUGGAUCUGGCCCCUGGCUGCUGCCCCUCUUGUUGCAGGAUUCACAGACCAUAGCUAUUCGAAGCAUGCAGCUAUGCAUAAGAGAUGCCCAUAUGCCAAUGACCAUCAACAAGCCGUUUCACUAACAUCGCACUACUUAGUUACUGGAGAGCACGCAUUUCAACCUCCGGAUUUCGAAACUGGCGACCAAAGAGGUCCUUGCCCGGGCCUGAAUGCGCUGGCAAACCAUGGCUAUAUCCCACGACGAGAUCAGCCGCUAACGCUUUUAGUGUAUGGUAUGGGCGUUGACCUUGCCACUGUCCUUGCUCUCAUGGGCACAGUUUGGACUGGGAACCCGCUGUCUCUAGACCCAAGGUUCUCCAUCGGAGGCCGCGACAUUGGUGUCAACAACUUGCUGGGAAACCUAGGAGGACUACUGGGCGAUCCCCAGGGCCUCAUCGGCUCUCACAACUUCAUCGAGUCGGACUCCUCCAACACUCGCGACGACAUUUACGUCACGGGCAAUAACCAUAAACUGAACAUGGAUAAGUUCAUGUCAUGGUACAACAUGUCCACUGAUGGGACGUUCGACAUGGACCUCAUGGCGAAGCGCGCAAAGUUACGUUUCGACGAGACCGUCCAAAGCAAUCCGAACUUCUACUACGGCCCUGUGACCGGCCUGAUUGCGCGCAAUGCAGGGUAUAUCUUCCCCGCGCGGUUGUUCCGGAAUUAUUCUCAAGAGGAGCCUAACGGCGUUCUGACCAAGGAGCAUAUUCGGAACUUCUACGGAAUUUAUGGAGAGGAAGGUAACUUCACCUACAGGGAAGGAUGGGAGCGAAUCCCAGACAACUGGUACAAGACUCCCGUCAACUUUGGCCUUGUCCAAUUGAACCUGGAUAUAAUUGACUGGCUGUCGAAGUACCCCGAGCUCGGAAGCAUUGGAGGCAACACAGGAACCGUGAAUAGUUUUGCUGGCGUUGAUCUCGGAAAUUUGACAGGCGGUGUCUUCAACCUGGGCAACCUUCUCGAGGGAAACAAUCUACUGUGCUUGGCGUUCGAGGUGCUGAAAUUUGCUGGUCCUAAUGCGCUAUCUGGACUUUUCAAGAGCCUCGCAGAGCCGCUGGAAUUUAUCACGAAUGCACUCUCCGUGCCUUUGCUAAAUGUCACUUGUCCGGCGUUCAAGGAUCUGCAAAUGGGUGGCAAGCCCUUCUGGGAGGUGAUGCAGAAGGAUUUCCCCGGUGCAAUGAAGAGCGGUGGUGCUUUUUAG